CGUAUUAUUUUAUUUUUUAUUAUAUUUUAUGACUUUCGCCUCUGUAUUAUAUAUUUGUUGCUUCUUUUGAUGUUCCUUCUAGUAUAUCCUUUGUAUUCAUGACGUGCUCCACGAGUUUGUAUGUAUCUUCGAAUAAUAUUUGUUCUGAAUUAAACAAUUAUGUAUGUUUUGCAGUAUCAUGUCAUCAGAGAAUUAUUGCUUGUGGUUAAAAGAAGUUGUUGGGGCAAAGUUUCAAGUUUUACGUUUACCGAGUUGGUUGGCGCACAUUUUAAAUUAUCUAACCGUUACUACUAGCUAACCGUUACUACUAGCUAACCGCUAGCUAGCCCUGGCAGAGCGGCUGCCACAGCCACAUAUACGACUCGGUGGGAAUUGCCUUUUUUUCUACUACAUUUUACCACAGGCUCUGUGAUUUGGUAAUCGUUAUGUUUUUCUGUAACUUGUAUUUCACGUAGUAACCUAAUAAAUGCAAAUGUGGGCUAAGCUAGCUGCCUUACGCUAACUUGUUCUCGUAUCUUAUUUUUAGUGAACCGGCGGUGCGUUUGAAAAAUAAGAGCGGAGAUGUGAGCUGAGUUUCAUCGCAUCACAAAUGUCAACCUGCGAAAACAGUUUUAUUUUGACCUGGACAGACAGACGCCACGGAUGCUGAUCUUUUUGAGACAGAAGGCAGCAUGAACCGGAAGGCUCUAUGCGACAUUCUGCACCUCUAUGAUAAACAGGUGAGGUAUAACUGCAUGGCAUGAUCAACAUUAUGCAUUAGUAUAGCUAAAAGAAGGGGCUGACUUGGAUCGGUUCAUAUUAAUCACUGAGCGUUUCUAAUUCAGUGAAUGACUGUAAAUGUUUGCUUCACUGGAGAAAAAAACAUCAACGUUGAUCCCAAUGCAUUUGUAAAUAUGAAUGUAAUGUCAUCUUAUGUUUGGUGUAUUUUUGAAAUAACUGUACAAUUUUAAGAUAAUUAAAAAGACUAAAUGAACUGAUCUGAGCCAGACCAAAGGGUGCAGUCAUUUGAAAUAUGUUUGCCAUAUUAAUUUGUAUUUGUCUCUGUUCAGCAAGAACAGACUGCUGAUGUUAAUUCCUGUCCUGUACUGGCUUCCCAUAUACAAACGUGAGGAGGACCCACAGUUCUUCAAAGUUUGGAAUGUGACUGGCUGGGUGGAAGACAGAUAUUCUCCUCCUGCUUUUGAAAAACUCCCUUCACAGGACGGCUCUCACAAUCCUCACCAUGGAGUCCACCAAAGUCCAGUCAGAAGGAGGCCUCAAUGUCACACUCACCAUACGUCUCCUUAUGCAUGGAAAAGAAGUUGGAAGUAUAAUCGGUAAGAAAGGAGAAACAGUGAAAAAAAUGAGAGAAGAGAGUGGAGCACGGAUCAAUAUUUCAGAAGGAAAUUGUCCAGAGAGGAUUGUUACCAUCACUGGACCAACAGACACAAUCUUCAAGGCUUUUGCUAUGAUUGCCUACAAAUUUGAAGAGGACAUAAUCAAUUCCAUGAGUAACAGCCCAGCAACCAGCAAGCCUCCUGUAACCUUAAGACUUGUUGUGCCAGCCAGCCAGUGUGGCUCCCUUAUCGGGAAAGGAGGCUCCAAAAUCAAAGAGAUGAGAGAAUCAACAGGGGCCCAGGUUCAGGUGGCGGGUGACAUGCUUCCCAACUCCACAGAGCGCGCAGUGACAAUCUCUGGCACCCCAGAAGCAAUUAUUCAGUGUGUCAAACAAAUUUGUGUGGUCAUGCUGGAGUCCCCACCAAAAGGUGCCACUAUUCCUUAUCGACCAAAGCCUGCCUCCACCCCAGUGAUUUUUUCUGGUGGUCAGGCCUAUACGAUUCAGGGACAGUAUGCCAUCCCACAUCCAGAUUUGACCAAGCUCCACCAGUUGGCUAUGCAGCAAACCCCCUUUACCCCUCUUGGACAGACCACCCCUGCUUUCCCUGGUUUGGAUGCCGCUCCCCCUGCCAGCACCCAUGAACUCACUAUUCCUAAUGAUUUAAUAGGUUGCAUUAUUGGACGUCAAGGAACCAAAAUAAAUGAGAUUCGACAAAUGUCCGGGGCGCAGAUCAAAAUUGCCAAUGCAAUGGAGGGCUCGUCAGAGCGCCAAAUCACCAUCACCGGGACCCCCGCAAACAUCAGCCUUGCACAGUACCUUAUCAAUGCCAGGUUCAGGGACGUGACUGCUAUGUGGACUGACCCCUCAUCCAUGACUACACCCUGAAGUCCAUCCGAAUCUGGUUAUUACAUCAAAAGCAGCUUUAUGCUACUUUGUUUAACCUCCACAAACACAAGUGGCGACACAUAUUCCUUUAAAAAAAGACAUACAUUUUCAACCAGUGUGAUAACUAAAUAAAAGGAAUAGUGUGACAAAAAUACUUUUAGUCCCUCUUUAAAAAUGUAAUGGGUGCGGCUUAUAAUCAGGUGCGCUCUAUAGUCCAAGAAAUUACGGUAAUUUAAAUUGAUUCAAUUGUUUUACUGAUGAUUUCAAUUGAUGAAAAAUUUGAUUGUUAGUCUAACAUUUAAAAUUAACUAAACUAAAACAUGCUAGAAUUUCUAGAAUUUCAUUAUUAAAGAUGAUUAUGGAUUUGAGAACCCCUUUUACACUUUCUGAGUAAAGGUAGAUUUGCUUUAACCAUCAGCUAUUGUGUUUUAAAACCGAUUUCAUAACUUGUACAAUUAGUGAAACCUGUUGAGACAACUGUGUUGUAAUAUUGGGCUAUAUAAAUAAAAAUGAAUUGAAUUGAUUGGUUUAAUAUAUUUUUAAACCCCUAGAGUGUGGAAGUAACCUGAGUCAGCUGGAUCUGAACCAACCCAGCUACAAAUCUUUCCACCGUUAAAAAUCUUCAUUUAGCAUGUGUAGUAGAAUGAUCAUGUUUGGUUAUAUUGUAAAAAGCGUUCCUAGUGGUCUUUUAAUUAAUAUCAUGCCGUUUUAGCCAAAAUCUAAAAAUCUAUAUCAUUUUCUAGAACAUAGUUUCUGCAGAGUGGAAGGAGUUAAUUAGAAAUUUGACGGAAUGUUGGUGCGGUCACCCAUGACUGAGAGCUUUCUGUUAAGAUGAUAAAAAAGCCAAGCUAAUAUGAGUGGUGCCACAUAACCGGCAAGAAAUAUUGGAGUUAUACAGCUGUACAGUGUUGAACCAGAUUCCAGCUCAGACGAGGAAAGCAAAGAUGUAAAUGGAUCUAGUCGUCUGCAAGUGAAUGCAUCAGAAUGGAGCGAAGCAGGGAGCUUGUGGCACGCCCACCUUAUUUUCUACGUCACAAAUCUUUUUCAAAAAUCAGUUUUUUCAUCUGCUCUUGAUUCAAAUUAACUUGGAUAAAGAAAUACUCAAAUAUACAAAUUAAAGCUAAAUUUUCUUUAUAUUUGUCUCAUCAACGUAAAAUGCUACAUGAACCUGUAAAAACACAUUUUUCAAAGGGUAUUCAAAUAAGUAUUUAUUUAUAUUCCUAUAAACAUAUAACAAAUCUGACACUUAGCAAACAUUUUACUGACUUUAUCUGCUCAGGAUUGCAACUGUUUUAAUAAACUGUAUUUAUCGCAGUAGUGCUGUAUAGUCUCUACGAAGUGGGGUGGGGGGCUGUGUCUCUGCAUUGUCAAACAACCAUGUCUGCAAAACUGUUUCAUGUGAAAAGUGUGGAAAAUGAUUGUGUUUGUGCAGUGUUUCAGCCAUAUUAAUUCCACUUGUAACCAAAAGUUCGUCUUUCACAAGUGUUUUAUUUAUUUAUCUACCCCCCUCCUUUAGGCUGACGUCUGAAGUCACUGGAAUGGGCACACUCUAAUUUCUACCCAUCCUUCCUCACGUCACCACGUGCGCCUAGUUUGUUUAUCCUGGUGUUUGACCAGCCUGGUGUUUCAGUAGCCUGAACUUUUCAAACAAUAAACUUCUGCAACGUUGAUGACUCCUCA